AUGGGAAACUGUCAAAAUCUUUCAGUAGGAAAUGAUCCUAUCAAGGCUGAAAAGUUAAAAAAGAAUAAUAGCAACAACUUAAUGAUAAAGACAUACACAUGGAAUAGAGAUUCGCAUGGCCUUUUCGAUUAUGAGAGCAAAGGAAUCAUAAAAAACUAAUUAAAAAUACCUGAACCAGGUUUAAUAGUGCGUGAAAAAGAUGAGAUCAAGAUAUUGACAUCACAAAAUUACAAGGGAGAAUCCGCAGAUAUGAAGAAAUUGGCCUUUGUAGACAUAAGAAACAAUCACUAUGUUGUUGACUCUGAAUAUAUAACAAAUACAGAAACAGAAUUAAAAGUUAAAAAAUCAUCAUAAGAAGAAGGGAUUGGAGAUUUAUGCGUUUGGGCGGUUGUUAAAUCUUUAAAGACAUCUAAAGGAUAAAAGGGUUACGAACUAUAAGUUGGAGAUUACUUAAAACUAGGCAGAGUGCGUUUUAGAAUAAAAGAGCUAUAGGGCUUAGAUAAUGAGAAAAAGUAGAACAAAAAUUUUGUAUUUGGAUCUAAUCUCAAUAUACUAAAUAUGGAUGAAAUGGAAUAGAAAAAUGAAAAUGUUCAGUAAAAAGAGUAAGAUGACACUUCUUCAAACAGUCCAAAUACUUGCAGAAUAUGUUUAGGGGAUAAUGAUGAACCCGACAAUCCAUUUAUAACUCCCUGUAAAUGCGAUGGUACCAUGAAAUGCAUCCAUAUAAAAUGUCUUUAACAGUGGCUUAAAAGUAGGUUACAUCCAAAAUAAACACCCUACUCAAUUUCUUUUGUCUGGAAGACAUUCGAUUGUGAGCUCUGUAAACAAUAAUUUCCAAAUAUGGUCAAAGUAAAGGGUAAUGUUUAUGAUACAGUUGAAAUUCCUCGCCCAUCUCCACCUUACGUCACUAUGGAGAUAUUAAGUAAAGACAAAAAUAUUUGCAAAGGUAUCCAUGUAAUUACUUUGAGCCAAAAGAACCAAAUCAGGCUUGGAAGAGGUCAUGACUCAGAUAUAAGAAUUAGCGAUAUAUCAGUAAGCAGGUGCCAUGCUAUUUUAAGCUAUGAUCAAGGAAUAUUUACAAUUGAAGAUAACAACAGUAAGUUUGGAACCCUUGCGCUUAUAAAGGACCCCAUAUAACUAAACAAUUAAAACAAUAAUAUAGCCAUUCAAAUAGGAAGAACCGUUCUUUCUUUUAUCCUUAAAAAAAAUUGGAAAAUAUAUUAAGUUUCUAUUCCACCAUAAUAGAUGAGUUAAAAGCAAAAUUAGUAAAAUAAAAUUGAGAGCUCACCUGAAAAGGUUGAGAAAAAAGGCCCCAAAAUUAAAACAAUAGAAGCACCUGGAUAGAAAGAUGAAGAAAAUGUCAUGAAUUAAAAAAUCGAUGAAGGUGAAAAUCAUAAUUCAAUUUAGCCCGCUAAUCACCAUCCUCCUCGUUUUAUGAGCUAGCAAGCUGAAAGUAGCAAUUAAAAUAUGAAUAUUUAAAAUAAUAAUUUAAAUAUAAAUAAUCAUCAUCAUCACAGUGGAUCGGAUAAUGAAUAAGGUAACAUGUAAUUAAACCAUCAAUCAAGUAACCAGCAUUAAGCAAAUAAUAACUUUUAAUUACCUGAGUUUAAAGAUCCAGCAGAAGAAUUAGAAGCUUUCUAAAGAUAAAAAGAAAAAGAGUCAGAAAUAUAAAUUCUCCAGCAAUAGUUAGAUCUUAUUAAAUAGCAUAAAAAUAUAAAUUAGUAGAAUCUACAAAAUUUAUUAAAUAACCCUCAUGAAGAAUAAAAGAUUGACCAUGAGAAAAUAAAACUCUAAAACACUAUAGACCAGUACUCCUAAAAAAUUAAAGAAAUAGAAACUAAAAUAAAAUAUCUUUAAAAUGACAGAAAUGACUUGAAGGAAAAUAAUAAUUAAUCAAACAAUUUAAUAAGCGAAAGAAGUGAUAAUUAGUCAUAUAGAAAAAAUGGAUACUAAGAAAGUAUGUACCCUGAAAAUAAUAUUAAUUUUAAUGCAUAAAAAAUUCAAAAGGGUAACAACCUUAAUAACACUGAAUAUAAUCAAAAUGCAGAAAGUCAGUAAUAAACCGAAAGAAAUCUUAGACAAAAUUGA